CAGAGGCAGAGCAAGGAUUGAAAAUGGAGCUCCUGACAUCUCUGCACGAGUUGCCUCGGACUUGAGGUGAAGCCUCAAAAUAGAUGAUGUCAUCAUUCCGAGAGGCUGCAACAUCUCCUGGCUGUGGCCCUGUAGUUAAGGGCAAUGUUUCCAUAGAGACGUCCAGCUUCGCUCACGUGAUCUUCCAGAAUGUGGAGAAGAGUUUCCUGCCUCAGGCUCCACUGGAGUGCCACUACACCCUCACCCCUGCUAUAACGCCCCAUCCCAAAGAUUGGGUUGGCAUCUUUAAAGUCGGCUGGAGCACAGCGAGAGAUUACUACACAUUCUUGUGGUCUCCCAUGCCCGAGAACUAUGUAGAAGGCUCAACUGUCCAUAGAGUCAUAGUGUUCCAGGGUUACUAUGUUCCACGUAGCGAUGGAGAGUUCUAUCAGUUCUGUUAUGUGACUCACGGGGGAGAGAUCCGUGGUGCGAGCACGCCUUUCCAGUUCCGACAGGCCAUGCCUUCCGGGGAGGAGCUGCUGACCGUGGAGGACGAGGGCAAUUCAGACAUCCUGGUGGUGACCACCAAGACUGGACUCCUCGAGCAGCGUGUGUGUGUGGCGCAGCAGGAGUGCAUGGAGCUGCAGCAGAAGCUGUGUGUCCUGCAGAGGGAGAAGGAGCAGCUGCAGGCUGACCACCGGAGACUCCAGAGGGACAGGGAGGACGAGAGGGACACCUACACACAGAUACACACACACAACAAGGAGCUCCUACAUCUGUGUGAGGCGGAGAGGGAGGAGCUGAGGAGAAGGCUGCAGGAGUCAAAGGAAAGGACUCAGCAACUAGAGGAGGAGCAACAGAUUCUGAAGGACAAGCUUCACAAGGUCACACUGGAGAAGGAGAGUCUGGAGUCUCAGCUGAAGGCUGAGAGAGCCGAGAGGGACCUCCAUAAGGCCCAUGUGCGGAGUGCUGAGCUGGAGAACACCAAGCUGACUGCGGAGCUGCAGAUGCUGAAGGCCAUGGAGCUGAACAGGGAGGUGACCAUCGCCCAGUACCAGGAGGAGCUGCAGAGACUCCGCACCGCAGACAUAGGCGAGGCUGUCCGUCUGAAGGAGCAUCUAAAGCAGGUGGAGGUGAAGCUCCAGUGCUCCCAGCAGGAGGCCGCGCUCCUGGGGGCCGACCUGCGCACGGCGUCCAGCCGGUGUGAGCAGAGCGCGCGCGAGCUCCAGAGGGUCCAGCGGGAGGCCGGCGCCCUGCGGGCCAGCCUGUCGGAGGCUCAGGCCCAGAGCCAGAGUGCCCACUCCCAGCUGGACAGGCUGAGACACGUUGAGGCCAGUCAGAAGGAGGGCGGUGCCCCCUGCGCCGUGUCCCAGGUGGAGGCCGAGCUGCACAAGGAGGUGGACGAGCUGAAGGUGCGUCUGCAGAUGGCGGCCGAGCACUACAAGGAGAAGUACCGCGAGUGCCAGAAGCUACGCAAGCAGGUCAAGCAGCUGAGCCAGCAGGCCCAGGGGCCGCCGGCCGACAGCCCGGAGCAGGGGGAGUGGGGGGGCAGCGCCGGACACAGCCCUGACCAGGUGGAGCCAGGGGAUCCAAAGAGAAAUGAUGGUGAGAUGGCAACUGAAAUGAUCCAGGAGACCAUCUUACCCAGCACAGAGGUGCCUCUUGCAGAUUCCCCCCACAUCGAGGAGAGUCCAGUCAGCGAGAGAGGUGGAGCAGGAGAGGAGUCCGACGAAAAAGAGUCGGAGAGUGACGGCGAUGGAGAACACCGAGAAGACAAUCACAGUGACGGAGAGAGAGAGGAAGGAGAGAGAGCAGAGGGAGAGGAGGAGAGUAGAGAGGAGGACGAGAGUGCUGACUUGAUGGAGGAGAACUGGAAAGAGCAGUGCUCCAUCAACAUGAACAUCGCCCAACUGCUGAGGGCUCAGCUGGAGGAGAAGACCAGGGAAGUGACGGCGCUGAGGGAGAGCCUGUCUGACGUGAUGCGGGAGAAGGAGAGACUGGAGAAGGAGCUGCGUGUGUUUGUGGCGGUGCAGAGGCCAGAGAGCUCGGGGGAGGCGGUGGCGCUGCUCUACCCGCUCCCCUACACCCAGGAGCACCCCCCACCCCCGCUCAUCCAGCAGAGGCCUGCUGACCUUCACUACGGAAACCCCUACGCCACAGACCAGGUAGAGGGUGCUGCUGGGGCCGCAGGUGGAGCAGGUGCUGAGGGAGUGGUGUGCAUGCAGCCGUCACGUGGUCUGAGUCUUCCUGACGGCCUCGAGAACGCCUUUCAAGAGCCCAGCCAAAGUGGGAGUGAGGAAACUCGUGAGGUGUUUGGCCAUCGUACUCCCAAAAAUACAGAGAAGAGAACCAGCUUCUGCUUUGAUACCAGUUCCGAGGUGCAGAAGCGCUGCCCGCUGUGCGAGGUGAUCUUCCCGCCCCAGUUUGAGCAGCGCAGCUUCGAGCAGCACGUGGAGUCCCACUGGCGCGUGUGUCCCGUCUGCAGCGAGCAGUUCCCCCUGCACACGCAGCAGCUGCUCUACGAGAGGCACGUGCUCACGCACUUUGAUGGCAACGUGCUCAACUUCGACUAGCCAGUACAGAACAGGACAGGUGUGUGUGCGUGCGUGUGUGUGCGUGCGCGCGCAUGUGUGUGUGUGUGUGUGUGUGUGUGUGUGUGUGCGUGCGCGCGCAUGUGUGUGUGUGUGUGUGCGCGCGUGUGUGUCUGUAUGGCUGUCUUUUGACAAGAGGUCCCCAAGUGUACAGACGGUUGAUGAUGUGUCUUUGGUGAGUGAGGCUAUAUGGUUGCUGAUGGCGUUUGUGUCCUGAACAUGUAAGCUGCAGCAUUGCCAUACAUGUACAUUUCAGUUGGUUUUGAAGCUCAUGUAACCCACUCUGGUGCUUCUUCAUAACAACCAUCAGACCUUUCUAUCAUUGGAGCCCACCAACUCAAUUCGAUGUCGCUGUUAGACACAAAAUAAUUAGCUGGCAGUGAUGCCAUCUAUAUCAGCCAUUAAUACUUCCAUUACAGUUUCAUGUGCGUUGCCACAAAUGGCCAUUAGUUAGUGUGUUGAAACUGAGCGUUAUAAAGAUGGCUAGCAGAAUGUAGAAUGUAAAUAUUACAUACAUCAGCUUGACACUUCCUGUUCCGCUACCUAUAUAUAAACAUGCACCCCUGGAUUUACAGUCCCUCAUGUACACCUGGUAACUCAUACAUGACAUGUCCAAAUCCUCAUGAUCUGAAACAUAUUGCUGCAGCAUGCACGACAGGAGCCUGGACAACUGUCCCUGCUUGGGUCACAAUGCCAUGAUAGGAUUAUAAUAGUAUGUCCUUUACUUUUGGAACCAGACAAGGAACUGACUGCAGUAGGAGAUCACCAGUAUGUCUAACUUGAGAAGUUGGUGAAGGAUGGUAGGGGAACAUCACCAGUAUGUCUCUAACUUGAGGAGUUGGUGAAGGAUGGUAGGGGAACAUCACCAGUAUGUCUCUAACUUGAGGAGUUGGUGAAGGAUGGUAGGGGAACAUCACCAGUAUGUCUCUAACUUGAGGAGUUGGUGAAGGAUGGUAGGGGAACAUCACCAGUAUGUCUCUAACUUGAGAAGUUGGUGAAGCAUUAGCUGUGCAGAUUGUUUGUUUAAACAGCCAGAAUAGUUUUUGUGUUAUUGUAUGUACAGUAAAGUGACACACUGAAAUGCUGAUGGCUUUACGUGACUACUGUAUGUUUAGCUGGAAUACCUUUGUGGGAGUUAACUGUAGUCUAAUCCUGUGCAAUUCUGUGACACGCAUUGGUUUGACUGGUAUUCAUUUCCAUUGCCUGGAACAGGGAUCAACAUUUUGGAUCUGUUUUAUUCAUGCAUUGUCUGGAAUUAUGUUUGUAGGUUCUGGAAUCAGUUUAUGAUGACAUAUUAUGAUUACGUUCUUUAAAACAAUAAAUUGCAUGUAAUUAGUGGACCUACUCAACUUUGGGUACUCAUAGAACAUACAGGUCUACAUUCCUGCAUAAUAUAAUGAAAAGAAACUUUUAUAAAUGUAAUUUAAAAAAAAAAUGUUUUCUCUCUCUGGAGAAAUGUCUGUAUUAGGAGCAAAUGUGAUAUAUGGAAAUAUGUAUAAAUGUACAUGUAAAGAGAUUUCCGUGCACAAAAUGAAAUGAA